GUAUUACCCAAAUUUUUAUUGGAAGGGAGUAGGUAACAGGAGAUGUGACUCACUCGGCUCGCCCUUCACAUCCAAAUCCUUAAUCAGGCAAACUCGGUUACUGCGCCAUUCUUUGCCACGCGCCACCGCACAGGGCUGACAAUGACAGCCAUAUCCUCUAUUGCCACCAUGUUCCCGACCUCCAUUUGCUGUUCUUCACGAUCCGCAUCGUCAAUUCACUGCUCCACUACCUCCAGGGUAAACAUGUCGUCAACGUCGACUCCGCCUGAAACUCCAAUCGUGCUUGGAGUUGGUGGUGUGGCCGUGGAUCUAUUGGCGACUGUGGCUUCUUAUCCUAACCCUGACGACAAGAUCAGAAGCACCAGCAUGAAGGUUCAAGGAGGUGGCAAUGCAGGAAAUGCUCUAACUUGUGCAGCUCGUCUGGGAUUAAAUGCCAGGCUGAUAUCCAAGGUUGCCAAUGACGCUCAAGGGAGAGGAGUAUUGGAAGAAUUACAAGUUGAUGGUGUAGAUGUCUCUUUUUUUGUGGUUUCCGAAGAGGGAAAUUCACCAUUCACCUAUGUCAUUGUGGAUAAUCAAACGAAAACUCGAACUUGCAUUCAUACUCCAGGGUCGCCUCCAAUGAUUCCUAGUGACCUCUCCAGCUUAACUUUGUCAUCUGCAUUAGAUGGGGUGAAGCUUACUUAUUUUGAUGUACGAUUGCAUGAAACUGCUUUAGUUGUUGCACAUGAGGCAAAUCGGAGGAGUAUACCUAUUUUAAUUGAUGCUGAAAAACUAAGGGAUGGAUUGGAUGAUUUUCUAUAUUUAUCAGACUAUGUUGUGUGCUCGGCCAAACUUCCACAGGCGUGGACUAAAGCUCCAACUGUUCCAAGUGCGCUUGUUUCCAUGCUCUUAAGGUUGCCAAAGGUUAAAUUUGUCAUUGUGACGUUGGGUGCAGAUGGAUGCAUAAUGCUCGAGAGAAAGGAUGGCCAAGCUGAAGAAAUGGAUGCAGACAAUUUAGUUGAACAAUUGAGGCAGAAAAUUAAUAGCGGCAAAGCUGCUCCUACGUGCAUUUCAUCGGAUGUUACAAGAUUGCAGGCCAAGGGAGUCGGAACUGUUUGCGGUAGGUUAUUUCUUGGAACGGCCGAGAAAAUACCGGAAUCAGAACUCGUGGAUACCACUGGUGCUGGUGAUGCAUUUAUAGGGGCUAUCCUGUAUGCUAUUUGCACCAACAAGCCACCGGAACAGAUGUUACCCUUUGCAGCUCAAGUGGCAGCUAUUGCAUGUCGAGCUUUGGGAGCUCGAACGGGUCUCCCGUGUCUCUCGGAUCCUCGAUUGACGCCUUUUUUAGGGUAGAGGCCCCUUCCGAUUCCAACGGCAUUGUUGUUGCUGAUCGGGUAGGAAAAUCGGGGCCUGGCUUUCGGAUUUGGCUUUUCGUUCUUGUUUGCUUCUUUGGAUAUUUUUGGUUCGAUUUUCUUCUACUCGUGCCGUUUUAAGACACCAUCUCCAAUUUCGAUGAAAUUAAAUUAAUAAAUGUGGAACAUUUAAG